GUAAGGCGGUCGAGAAGUGGCGCUUGGCCUGUGCAGCCGUCAGCGCUGCUUGCCAGGUCGACCUCCGCCCAGACGAGAUGUCCUGGAACGCUGCCACCGGAGCUUGUGCCGUCUCCAGUCGUUGGCAGCGCGCUUUGGUGCAGCUCCGAGCACACCUGACAACAUCAUUGCCACGCGGUCUGAGUACGAUGACCUACAGCGUUGUCCUUAGCGCCCUCGAAAAGGCAGCACGCUGGCCGAGGGCCUUGCAGCUCCUGGCAGCGCUGCCAGGGGGGCGUGCGGUGCCUGAUGUCGUCAGCUUCAAUGCUGCUGUGAGCGCUUGUGCCAACGACUGGCCUCAAGCCGUGCAGCUCCUUGCAACGCUACGUCGGAGCAUCGUCCAGGCGGGUGUCAUCACCUUCAAUGCCAUCAUCAGCGCAUUGGAGAAAGCGGAAGACUGGCCACGAGCCCUGACAGUGCUGGCGGAGCUCCGAAGCAGCGCUUUGGAAGAAGAUGCCUUCACCUUGAGCGCAGCCAUCAGCGCAUGCGAGAAAGGGAAGCAGUGGGAGCGUGCGCUGGCGCUGCUGCAGGAGUUUCGGGAGAGCGGCCUUCAAAUGGAGGCAAUCACCUACAAUGCUGCGAUCAGCGCUUGCGAGAAGAGCUGGCAGUGGCAGCGCGCCUUGGCGCUCUUCUCCGUGCUUUUGGGUGUCGGCCUCUGCGGGAGCGUGAUCACCUACAACGCCCUCAUCACUGCUUGCGGCAAGUGCCUGCAGUGGCGCCACGUGCAUGCCCUUCUCCAUGCCAUGGAAGCGGAUCAGCUGGAGGCGAACCUGUUCACCUGCAAUGCCGUGAUCAGUGCCUACCAGAAAGCCGAGCAGUGGCCACUGGCCUUGGGGAAUCAGCGCAAGAUGAAAGAGUUACAAUCACACGCGCGGAGAUUCCACAGAGCAGGGCACCAGAGGCGCAUGCUGCUUGAAGCCAUGGAAAGAGCAAAAAGUAACCUGGAAGGCAGACGAGCUCGGAUCUGGGUAGCUCACGUGGCUGCAUGGCUCGUGUAUGCUCCUCGGGGCUACGUUCCUGGUAUCACAGAGAUGGACCUGCUACGAAGGUUUUUGUCGAAGGUUGGCGACGGCAGACACUUGUCGACUUCACAACAACGCAUCCUUCGCAAGGUGCAAUCCGUGCUGGAACGCGCCACUGCGGCCGAUCCAGCCUGGGAACAGAUGCACAGGAAGCUUGUGCAAAAGCUCGAUCGGUUCAGGCAAUGCGAUGCUGAACAUCUCACAGCUCCGGUCACCAAAGAUGUAGACGUGGCUGAGGCCGAGUCGAACCAGAUGCUCAAGAGCAAGAGCUUCCGGAAGUGCAGCCUGAAGCCGUCGAAGCCCAGUUCAAUCGAUUCCGAAGCAGGUCACGAGGUCGGCGACAGCCGGCAGACACCGCGCCAGCUUUUCAAUAAGAUGAACGAAUGGACGAACAUGGUCAACGAGGAGAGGCUGGCUUGUAUUGAGAAACUCGAGCUUGCCAGAAAAAACGGAAGAAUGGCUAACCAGGCUAAACUUGCAGAGGUGCUUUACACAGUUGCAGCUGCUCUAUCUCCUCCUCGCAAGUCGGCUCACAAGGAGAGCUCAGAGAACGAGGCAGCCUCCUGUGCCGACGCCCCAAUCGGGGAAGCGUCGGCAAAUCUGCAGCACCGUGCAAGGUCCUUGUUGUUGCAGCUGUUGCGCGACUGGAAGAAAAUGAGUUUCGAUUGUGGCGAGAUCCACACCCUCCUGGACCACAUCAAUCGGCAACUGUCCAGGUUUGAAGCCAAGGCGCGGGAGUCUCAAUAG